UUAAUUUCACUUUUAGUCAGAUGCAUGAUGUACGGAUUCGGGGACGAUCCUAAUCCUUAUUCGGAAUCCGUUGAUCUACUCGAGGAGCUCGUCAUUGAAUAUAUCUGUGAAUUGACAAAGAAAGCCAUGGAGGUUGGCCGCUCUGAUAGGAUCACAGUCGAAGAUAUAAUUUUCCUAAUUAGGAAAGAUGUUCGGAAGUAUUCCCGAGUCAAAGAAUUGUUGCUAAUGAACGAGGAGCUGAGGAAAGCACGAAAGGCUUUCGACGAAGUUAAAUACGUCAGCCGAUGA